AAUACGUACAAGAUGUUGAAUAGAGCCUAGGUUUGGGAAUCGAUACCAAAUAUUAUAAUAAAUAUGUUAUGAUUCCCAUGAGAGACUAAGUAUCUACCUUAGAUAAACUUCCAAUUGGAUCUCACUCACCCCUGAUCUGGAUCUGAACUCCUAUCAUGGCUAUACUCACAAUCUCCGAUGUCUACACACCAACCAUAAUUACUAUAAUAGCAGGAUUUAUCUACAAAUACAUAUUCUACCCAUCCAUAAUCUCACCUCUCUCAAAAAUCCCAAAGGCCCACUGGUCCUGCUCCAUCUCACCCGCCUGGAUCCUAUGGGCUCGCUUCCAGAGCCGUGAAAACCGCACUCUCCACGCGGCUCACCAACACCAUGGACCGAUCGUGCGAGUCGGUCCCAACGAGCUAAGCGUCAACAGCAUCGAGGGCGUGAAGACCAUCUACCAAGGCGGCUUCGAUAAACACGAGUGGUACUCCGUCUUCAACAACUACGGCGUCCCAUGCGCCUUCUCCGCGCUCACCUCAAAAUCCCACUCCCAGCGCAAACGCAUGGUCUCCCACGUCUACUCCAAAACCAGCAUCCACAGCUCCCCAGCGCUGCGCUCCCAAGCCCACACAAUCCUCAGCACGCGCCUCCUCCCCCUCCUCCUCUCCUCCACACACACCUCCCAGGCCCCGCACGGCAUAGACGUACACUCCCUCUUCUGCGCCACAGCUAUGGACUUCAUCACCGCGUACUGUUUCGGGCUCCCGCGCUGCGCAGACUUCGUCCGCCGCCGCGCGUACCGCGAACACUGGCUCGCGCUGUACACCGUGCGCACGGGGUACGGGUUCUUCGCGCAGGAACUACCUUUGCUCUCUUCGGUCUUCUCUUGUCUUGGUAUUAAGUUAACCCCGACCUGGGCCAGCAAUGCGACGCGUGAGCUCGAGGCUUGGUGUAAGGAGCUGAGCGAUGCUACGGUCCGGUUCCUGGACCGUGAAAAGGAGGAACUGGGGAAGGGGGAGGGGGGAUCGGUGGUAGGCACGGCGGAUGACCCCGUUGUCGUACGCGCGCUUCUCGCGGGGAUUGAGAAGGAAUAUUCGGCUCAUGGGGCGGAGUCUUUGCUUUAUAGUACUGUGAUCCAGCAACGUGAACUCAGCGUUGCCUCUGAGAUCUUCGACCAUGUGCUCGCCGGCCAGGAGACUACGGGUGUUGCGUUGACCUACCUCUCAUACCACCUCUCACAGUCGCUCGACCUGCAGCGCGAGUUGCGUCAGGAGCUGCUUACGCUGGAGCCUAGCAUGCGGUAUGUGAGUGAAGAUAGAGAUAAAGAGAAGGGUAAUAAGAUCAAGAUGCCGGACUCGAGACAGCUAGACAAUCUACCCAUACUACACGCUAUGGUAAUGGAGACAGUCCGGCGGUACGUGCCCGCAGGCGGACCAGAACCGCGCGUGACGCCAUCGUCCUCGUCCUGUCGCAUCGGACCCUACGAAGUUCCGUGUGGCGUGCGAGUAUCGGCCUCGGCGUACAAUCUACACCGUGACGAGACUGUGUUCCCCGAUGCCGAGAGAUGGGAUCACACACGAUGGCUGCGCAACGAAGUUACUACCGAACUGGACGAUUCUAACGGAGGCAAGGAGAAGAGUAAUUUAAAUAGGCACUUUUGGGGUUUCUCGAGCGGUGGACGAAUGUGUCUGGGGUCGAAUUUUGCUAUGCAUGAUAUGAAACUUAUAAUAGCCGCUAUAUAUUCUAACUACACUACCUACGUAGUUGACGAUGAAGGAAUAGAGCCUACUGAUGCUUAUACAGGACACCCGAAGGGCAAUUCAUUAUAUUUGCGAUUUGAGAGGGUUACAAUGGGCUAACGCGCAUAUCUGAUUUAAGUGUACAUAUUGUGUUUAUCUAAUAAGUGAGAUCAUAAUACUAGGGUUAGUCGGAGGAUAUCAUACCGUUGAGGAUUUAUACAUAUCACGAACACAGCGAG